AUGGAGAAUGUUUCCUUUCCCAUCAGUUUCGGCGCCAUAGCUCCCAAUGACGAUGAAUCUGUGAAGCUCUUCCUCAGCAUCGGUCUGGACGAGAAAACCGUCACCACUACCAUCAACAACCCCAAGGUCACCGCUAAUCUCACCGCCGUUAUCCACGAGGUCGCUACUAAGCACCAUUCAAAUCUUCUUCUGCAUCGUCCUACAUUGUUCAAGUACAUUGUUUCCUCCAAGAUUAAAACUCUAGCACAAUUGGAUGCUGCAGUUUUGUUUUUUGAAAAUCACGCUCCUGAGGACUUCAAGUUAAAUGAAUUUGAGGAGGCAUGUGGUGUUGGGGUUGAAGUUUCUGCAGAAGAUAUUGAGAAAGCAGCUGAUGAACUUUUGAAGAGAAUAAGAAAACAAUCGUGGAGCAGCUCUACCGAACUAAUGUGGGUCAAUUGCUUAGACAUGUCCGGAAAAGUUUGCCAUGGGCAGAUCCUAAGAUUGUAAAGGUGAGCUAACCAUUUUAGCACACUGCCUUCUUUGCUAGCCAGAAACGAAAUCUUAGUUUUCUUAUUUUGUCAUAUUUCUGUAAUAGGACGUCAUAGACAGAAAAAUGUAUGAACUACUUGGUGUUCUUUGCUGGUCAUUUUUGUUAACCCGUGUGUAACAAACAAAGUUCACUUGAUGAGCAAAAAACUGAAUAAAGCUUUUAGGUUAUACUAA